AAAGCAAUGGAGAACCCAAAUAAAAUCAAUAAAACUCUUAAAACGAUAAAGGAGCUCAAAGCAAGGAGAAGAAGCAACAAGCCUGCUCAAAUGAAAUACAAAAUUAUGGAUUUCAAUUCAGUUAAUUUUAAUACUCCAAAUAAAAUUGUCAGAACCAAGAAACGGAAUAGAUCUCAAGAGUCUACACACAGACCUAAGAUUUAUGAAGCAGCAUCAAAAUGGGUACAAAAUAGAGAAGAUCAUUGGACUAAAUAAGCACAACUCAGCUAGGAAGUCUUAUAAUACUGAUUUCAAGUUCAAUGGGUGGGAAUCUGACCACUUACUCAGCAAGGGGUUGAAAACUUAUCUUGACUCAAAGAUCAAUGACAAGUUUAGCAGGAAGAACUUGUUCAAAGAUCUUUUUAAAGGAAAAGUUAACCAAAUAGAGAAUGAAAUUCUCAGCCACUUACAUGGUAAAGUAUUCCAUUCAUUGAGAGAAUCCAAGGAAAGAGUACAUAACUUGGUUGAAGCACAUCAGAACCAGAAGAAGUUAUAGAAAUGAUUGCUGAAAAGGAAACAUCCAGUAGUAAGGAAUCAAGCAGUAAAGGAAGUCCCACAAAAGCCAAGAUUAAGGUCUUAAAGGCAUGAAAAUAGCUCAGAAACAGAUAGCUUUGAUAGCAAUAAUAGUGAAUCCAGUUCUAAGACUAAUAGUAGAAAUAUGAACUUUUUGCAGAAUAUGAAUAAAAUAGAAUUUAAAGGUGACAGCCUUCAAGACUUGAAGAUGACUCUAGUGAUGCAGAAGUCUAACAAAUCGGCAUCUGUGCCAUUCCAACAUGAAAGAUCACAUGAUCUCAAGAAGAUGACAGAUAUUUUACCUCAUUCAAAGAGAAGGUUCUCCACCCAAUUCAGCAUGAAGACAAAGAAGAAUAGCAACCUUGAAUUUGAAGAUACUCUGGUAUUACAGCAAGACUUGAUUAAAAUACUUGAAGGAGUGAGUGCCCAUCAAACUGCAGAGAAGCCUAGCUUCUUAUCGAUAAAGAAAUGAUUUACAGCACUAGAAAGAAUCAGCACUGAAAGCGAAAGCAUUAAAUACUACAUUGAUAUUAUCUGUCGAGUUCUGAAGAAGAGUGUUUACUGCAAAGGAUUUGAAAUCCCUGAAAUCUUGUUCGAACAGAUGAAAACAAAUGAUAAUAAUAUGAGUGUGAAAAUUGAUGAUGAUAUCCCGUAUUUCCAAAUUAUCGAGGAAUCCCUCAUCAGUCUCUCAAAAGUAGUCAAGAAAACCCGUGAAGUUGAAAGAGAGUGUAGAAUUCAGGUACAAGAUCUUAAGUCACAGCUGAACAUUAAAGAGUUUCAAUGGAACCAGUACCAAUCAGAGUUUGACUCUAUGAAGACACUUAAUCAUAAGGGCAUACAGACUAGAUAUCUUGAGCUGACUGAGCAAAUUGGAAAACUGAGCAAAGAGAAUCAUAAAUUAUACUACCAGAAGGAACACUCUAAAGAAGAAGCAGAGAAUCUUUCAGUGAAGUUAGAGGUGAAGAUCGACGAGCUUACCUCUGCUAGAGAGGAGAUCAAAUCUCUUCAAGCAGAUAUUAACAGUUGGGAAAAGAAAUAUAACAAGUUAUUCAAACAGAAAGCAGAACUGCUGAUGAAAAUAAAAACACACAAAGUUUAGAUAUUCAAUAAGGUAA